AUGACUAGACCAGGCAGGCAAGCAAAGGCACGCAGCCACCAAGGCAAGCCAAGCCAGCAGGGAAGACAGAACCCUACAAGAGUGACAGGAGGAGCUGGAGGCAGGACAGAAAAGAGUAGAGGGGGAGGAAGGAGGAAGAAGGACGGAGAGAAAGGAGGGCAGAAGGAGGGAGGAGAAAGGAGGGGAGGAGGAGGGAGCAAGAGGAGGAGAAGGCAGGAGAGGGGACAAGGUCAGGAACAGAGAGGAGAGAGAGCACAGAGGCAGCACAGAGGCAAGCAACUACAGGAGACAGAAGGACAGCACGCACAGGAGGCAGGGAGGGCAAGGGAGAAGGGAGCCAAGAAGGCCAACAAGGUCGAGCAGGCAGCAGCAAGGCACACACAGGCACAGGCCAAGGAGAGAACACAGAAGCAGGGCAGGAGAAAGCAGGAACAGAGGGAGAGAGAGAGGCAGAGGACUACAGGCAGAGGAGAGCACAGCAGCAGGCCAGGGGCAGCACAGCACACAGGCUACACUACGGCAUACUAG